UAUCUCCCUCCGUGUACUAUAAACUACUAUGUUUAUAAAUGGUGGGACAGAAUGGUUCUUCACGGAAUUUUUUCCCACGUUUUUUUAAAAAUUUUACUGAGGAAAAAAUACCGUUUAAAAUAAACAACCUAUGAAUAUAUAAGGUUUCAGGGGCUUUCCCAUGAGAUUCCACUCGUAAAUGUUUCAUGUGCUGCAGCGAGACAGUCAGAAGUUAUGACUUUGGACAUCAUAUCAAUGGAAAGGCGGAUACGCCUUAAAACUCUCAAUCCACACAUUACAUGCAAGAUUUGCAAAGGAUACUUGAUUGAUGCAACAACUGUGAUUGAGUGUUUACAUACCUUUUGCAAAAGUUGUCUUGUUAAGCAUCUUGAAGAUAACAACACUUGUCCCACCUGUGAAAUUGUGAUUCAUCAAAGUCACCCUUUGCAAUAUAUAAGUUAUGACCGGACAAUGCAAGAUAUUGUGUAUAAGUUAGUCCCGAACCUUCAACAAAAUGAAGUAAGACGUGAAAGAGACUUCUAUAAAAGAAGAGGAAUGCCUUACCCUAAAACUAUACCUAACAACUGUAUUGAAAAAGAAGCUGGUUUACAGUCUUCGUCCAAGUUAGAAAAUUCUGACUAUCACAGAUCUGAUGAACAAGUUAAUAUUUUACUUGAAGCUCAAACUACAGCAUUGAAACAAAUGCGAAGAAAGUUUAUACGAUGUUCUGCACAAGUUACUGUGACUCAUCUAAAAAAGUUUAUUGCCAAGAAAGUUUUUAACAAUAUGGAUAAAUAUCGUGAGGUUGACAUUUUGUGCAAUGAAGAAAUUUUAGGGAAGGACCAUACUUUAAAAUUUGUUUGUGUUACUAGAUGGAGGUUUAAGGAUCCGCCUUUGAAAUUAUAUUAUAGGCCAAAAUUGGAUUUGGCUUAAGUAUGUAGCAAAGUAAAAUAUUCAGUUUAAAACUGUGUGUAGAGUGAAAGCUUCAAUCUACAUCGUGUAUAUAGGUUUGUAAAAAGAAAUUGUUGUACCAUCAUGUUUUUGUAAAGA